AUGAAACACACUAUAUCCGUCCUCACAGUGCUGCUCUGUGUCUGGGAAAGCAUUGCAGCCUCCGGGUACAAGGCAAAGCUAUCUCCGGAGAAGCUCGAAGCUGCGAUCGGGCAAAAAGGGCUGAAACAGAACCUACAAGCACUUGACAAGAUUGGAAAGCAAAGUAAUGGCAAUCGUGCCUUCGGAACAACAGGAUAUGCCAAAUCGUCAGACUACGUGCUUUCGCAGAUCACGAGCAAGCAUGACAAGGACUUCGAAACAUGGAAGCAAUACUUCAAUCAUACUUACGAAGAGACUCGCAAUAUCUCAGUAACUGGUCCUGACGGUGAGGCUGUCGAUGCUCUUACACUCAUGUACAACAAUGCAACCCCGCUCCCAGAUGGUGUAACGGGUGAGCUGGUUGCCGUUCCUGUAGAUGAUACUGUCGGCUCUGGGUGCUUCGAAGACCAAUGGGCUGGUCUUAACGUGACUGGCAAACUAGCUCUCGUCAAGCGUGGCACCUGCAGCAUAUCAGACAAACUCAAGAUCGCAAAGAAUCUGGGCGCCUUGGGUGUUAUCCUUUUCCACAACACCAACAGCACUCCUAACGCCGCAACCUUGAGUGCUGAGAAUAUUGGUCUUCUCGCACCCGUUGGUCUUGUUUCGCUCUCUAUUGGAGAAGCGUGGCUCGCACGCAUAGCGACUAAUGAAACGCUCACAGUGACCCUACUUGUGGAUUCUAUUUUCGAGCCACGAACGUCUUGGAAUGUGUUUUCCGAAACUCGGGAGGGUGAUCCGAACAAUGUGAUCAUGCUAGGGGCACACUUGGAUUCUGUUCAGGCUGGACCAGGUAUUAACGACGAUGGCUCUGGCGUCACUGCGCAAAUCGAAAUCAUAAAAGCUCUGAGGAACUUCCGCGGCAUCAAAAAUAAGAUACGUUUCGCGUUCUGGGGUGCUGAAGAACCUGGUCUUGUAGGGUCACUCUUCUACACACAGAGCCUUACGCCCUCUGAGGCCGACAAGAUCCGCUUUUACUACAACUAUGAUAUGAUCGGCUCUCCUGUACCCGUCUAUGGCAUAUAUGCGGGCGACAACCCGGGAGACAAGGUCGGCGCCCAGCUUCUUCUCGAUUACCUUGUCGCUAAAGGAAAGCCGGCGUACUUUGGUUCUUUUGGCACUGGCUCAGAUUAUGUAGGUUUUCUGGAGCUCGGUAUUCCAAGUUCUGGAAUUCACACGGGUGGUGGUGUACCUGCCGACCCGUGUUACCAUCUUGCAUGCGAUACAUACGACAACAUCAGCUGGGAGGCGCUGGAGGUGAACACAAAAGCGGCCGCGAGAGCUGCUGCUGCGCUGGCUUUGUCGGUGGAAGAUGUUCCUCCAAGGAAUACGACGAGCGUCAAUCCGAGAAGUGAUAACAGGAUCAGGGCGCAGUUUACUGCCUGGGAAGAAGUAAAGCUAGAGGUAGCUGGCGGCCAUACGUGUGCUUUGAAGACUAAGCGGACGGUAUAA